GUUUCUCACAAUCUUACUUUGACCGCCGGCACCGCCAUACCUCCGCCACUUCCGCCACCCAGUCUCACUUCCACACUGUGCUGGUUGCCUGACCUCCAACCUCCUGAGCACAACACAAAUGGCAGCGCCACCACGAACUGGGCGCUUGUUUCAAGACACCAACGCCUACGCUCCCAGGAAAGUUAGGGUUUCGGGAAGAAAGCCUCUUUCUGAUGUAUCCAAUAAUGCAGGGAACAAACCCCUCGAUGCCUCAGCCAAACCCUCUGUUUCGGUUACUCGUCCAUCCAAACAGAUUAUUAAGUCUAAUCUCGAUAAUAAUAAUAAUAAUAACAUCUCUGUUAUUAUGAACGAUGGAGCCGUUUUUGUUUCUUCUUCUGCAAAGGCAAAGAAUCUUGAAUCCAGUAACAUCAGGACAGCGAAUAACACGGCUUCUGGGAAAUCGAAGACCGGUGGUGGUGGCAGUAGGAAGGUUCUUUCUGACAUUUCAAACACAGGGAAGUUGCCUCUUCUGGAGAUAAAGGAAAAGAAAACCCUGAAGUCAUUGAGAGAGGAGGAACCUCUUUUUCCUACUGCAAUUGGUGAAGAGAUGUGCCGGCACGAUCAUCGGAGGUGUGUCGAAGCACAAUCUAAGGCUCUGGAUUUUCGCUUCAUAAUGAAUGAUUGUUUUAGGGACUUGAAGGUUUCAGCUGAACCACCUUUGAAUAUCAAAAUUGAGUCUGAGAGCGAGCACUGGGAAUCUGACGAGGAACCUGAGCUGUCGAUUCCUGAAGGGCAGUCCCGGAUGUGGCAUUGGAGUGGGAUCAGCUCUCCAGAACACUGCAACAAUGAAGAACACUUGGAACUGCCUUCAAGCCCAGUGAACUUUGAGUUGAGAGAGUAACCAUAAUUCUCUAAUUGUUGAUUUUGUAAAGAACUUGAUAUAGAAUAUAGGUUUUCUGUGCCACUAGUUUGAUGACAAUUAUUCUGAGAUGACCUUAGUGUAGUUUAGCUUUGUAUGUUAACAAUGUGAAAUAUAUUUCCCUUUUGUGAUUUCAAUGAAUUGUAUUGGUUUUUAUGUGCCCAAGUUUUUCUUGAGAGAUGCUGCUGUAGCAUACUAAGAUUUUUGCAGGAAAUUCUAUCAAGGCAAAAUCAAAUAUCUGGUAAAUUUUAAAAUCAGGUUUAGGGAACUUAUUUCUGUUUGCAGAUUAAUUGAGUUGCUAUCUUCUGCAUCUAAAUGGAUAUGGUAAAAUUUAGUUGUUGAAAGGAAAAUCAACAAAAUUGUUGAACAAUUCAUCAGAUGUUUUUAUUUACUGAAUUACCCUGUGCUAAGAAACUAAAUUGCUAAU